UGGCCGAUCACCACCACUAAACCCAAUCAAUCCUUCCCGUCCUCUCACCAAUCCACCUAACUCCAAAGACAAACCAAACCAGAGAAAUGGGAAACAUUUGCUCCCGCUCCAAAAACCAACCCGAGGCCUUUUCCAGCCCCGGUCGUGUCUUGGGCUCCGCCAAUCCUCCCCCUGGAGCAACAGGGAAAUCCAGCUCCGGUCCGCGCGCCCCGCUCCCCGCAAAGGCCAGUACGGGGAGGACCCUGGGCGGCGCGGGGGCUCCAGGGGCGGGCGCGGAUACCGCUGAUGCGCGGACGAAUGCAGCGAUUGCGGCCCAGAAACGGGCCGAGUCUACUACGGCGGGCAACAAGGGCAAGUUAGGGUCAAAGUUGGCAGCUCAAAAGGCCCAGACACAGGCACAGACGUUGGGUCAGGCUAGUCGGGAUGAAAGGGCUGCUAGGGAUGCGGAUAAUGCUGCUUCAGCUAGAAGGUGGGAGUGAUGGAUGCAUAGAUUAUUUGGUUGCAGCUUGAUUCUGGGCUGGGAAUCGCCGGUGUCGGACU